UAUAUGGGCAAGAUGAUUCCUGAAUUUGUGCCCAAGAAGCAAGCGCAGUUCCGUCCUAUUUCGGGUGACCCAUACUCAGACAGUGAGGCUGAGUCUGAUCACCCAAGUCCAACCAAGAUCUCAGAGCCAGUUCAUGGUAUUGAUACAGGCCCUAAGAGAUUUAUGCCUUUGGUUCCUGGUGCAGCAGUUCAACCCAAGUCAGUACGCCCCAUCCACGAUGCUCCAGUGGAUCCGCUCAGCACUGUCGCAGAACUGGGAGCCAUUACGCGACCUGGCGGUGUUGGUGGGAGAGACUCUGCGUCUAGAAUGCGUGGUGCAGGCAGAUCCACCAGUGCAAGUCACGUGGUCCAAAGGGGGCAGCGUACUUCAGAACGGGCCAGAUUACCAGAUAGUGUACAGAAACGGUGUUUGUAGGCUGAUCAUUCCUCAGGUGCUUCCAGAGGAUGAGGGGGUGUAUACCUGUACAGCUGUAAACCUUUUGGGGGUGGACUCCACCAGCGCCACAGUCUGCAUUACAGGUGAGAAGAAGUAAUCCUCACGCCACAUAGAGUCUACUUCUGCUACUCCUGCUGCUGGUACUUCUGCUGUUGGGGUCUCUGAGGAGUUCUGUUAAAGACUGUCUUUGUUGGUGGUGGUAUAAUAAAAAGUAGCCAAUAUGCUACUGUUGUGCCUCUAUUCCACUCCCCUUGCCUUCAUUCUGUCUAGACUUCAAACACUACAUUUUUGCAAACUUGGUUCAUGUAGUGUUGGUGUUGGCAUUAGUUUCUAUUGUGACUCUCCUGGUGUACAGAAAUAACAAGGGGAUUCAGCUUAGCUUAGAUAUGUAAAAGAUUUUCACUGAUAGGAAGAGGAAAUGUAUCUUUUCCAAACAAGAGCAUAAAGUAAAUAUGUUUGAGAAGCUGGUAUUAAACACAAGUAAAAGGUGUAUGGCCCAUGUUCAUUAUCACUGCCUUUGGUAUAAAUGAUUGUGUUAAGAUAUUUGUAUUUCAGUCAGACAAGAUUUAUCUAAUUAAUCAGUAUCAUUGUAUUCAGAUUACAGUCCAUUCUUUUCUUUGUUCUAGUCAGACUUCUGAUGGACUUGAACUGAUUUCUCUAUUGUAAGGUUCCUAGUCAAAUAAUAGGCCUCUCUGUGAUCUUCUCUCUGACCUGGUUUUAAGUAUAGUGGAUUUUUAAAAUAAUUUUAGAGUGUAACUUCAAAUUCUCUGUAGUGUUAGCUAUUCAUAGUCACAAGCAAUGUGUUGAUUAUGCUUCAUUUUCACUUGGGGAAGAUAUUGUUCCCAAAUAAUGAUACAAGUAUUCACUGUUCUGUCUUCCAUGCCUGUCUUGACUAAGUGCCUUCUGUACUGCCUCUGUAUUUCCUUUUAUCCCAUAAUCUCAUGACUGCAGGCUCCCUUCACAUCCUCUUUUCAAACAAACUAAACUCUAGGCUGUGCAACAUGUGCAUGAAUGACAAAUAUUUGUUAAGAAUAAUGAAUGUGAACCAGCUUUACUUGCAGUCUCCAGCAGUUAUGAUAGUUAUAUUUGAGACAUGUGAAGCAUCAUGCCUGUAGGUCCUCUUCAUAUAAAUUCUGCAUGAGUCUGGGAUAUCUUCAUGAUUUCAUACUUUUUGGAUAAUUCUACAUAGAUGUUUAGGUGAUCCAGUUGUCAUUCAUUACUGAUUGGAUAAUUGUAAUGUAAAGGGCAUGAUGCUGAUCAAGAUUUUCUGCUGUACAUAUCAAAAAAAUUAAAACUCUGUACUGAAACUUCCCAUGACAGAAAACCCAGACAUGAAGCAGAUGAUGAUCCUUUGGAAUAUGUGAACAGCUUUGUUAACCAUUCUACAGAGUUAAUAACCCAAACAUUUCUUGGUUAGACAGAAACUAUAAUAGUUUCCUGUAUUAGGCAGCCAUGUUCCAGAAAAGUGGAAGAAAGAAAGUAUGCAUAAUCCUUUUUAAGUAUAGAAAUAUACAAAACUCAUAUAUGUCAGUUUUCAUGUUCAAGUGUCCAGCCCAUUUCUUUUUAUCAUUGGAAGAUAAUUUUGUCUUAAAGCUCAUGCUACAAGUUUGUUCACAAAAUAGCUGUUGUUUAUAGUUAGUUGAUGACUGUCUUGCCUCCUUCAAUGGUGGCUUGGUUUAAUAAAAUGAUCCAAAUGGA